AUAAUACAUUAAUGUUUGAUCGUGACUUGCACGGUUAGGAUUCCCAUUAAAACACUUGGCUUUUGUACCAGGAACGGAUCCCGUUCGGAGACACCGUCCGUUGCAAACAUAGGGGCUUUAGCCAGCACAAGAGAAGCAGCGGCCUCCGAAUUCGGGUUCCCGCCCGCGUCCACAUCAGUUGGGUCUCUUUACAUCGGCGGAGCGCAUGUUAAGAAUGUACACAAGGCCUCCCUCCCAACAUCUCCGAAGCAGGUGCCCCGGGAUUUCGAUUUUUCCCUCAAUUUUUUAAAAUGGAUCCGAAAUCCUUAGCAAAAUCAAAGAGAUCUCACUCCCAACACCAUAGUAAGAAGCCCCAUCAUCCGAAUCAGAAGCCGAAGGCUCCAUCAUCUGGCACCGUUGAAGCUGGGAGCGCAAAGAAGCCUUCUGGGAAGCAAGUCAGAGAGAAACCAAUCCUAUCUAAGGGUUCUUCUUCGCUUCCCUCGAAUUGGGAUCGCUAUGACGAGGAGCUCGAUUCGGGUUUUGAAGACCCAUCAUGCGGCGGGAACAGUUCGGCCGCAGCUGAUGUUGUUUUUCCAAAAAGUAAAGGGGCAGACUAUCGCCACUUGAUUUCUGAAGCCCAGUCUCAGUUUCAAUCGAACGCUUACUCAAAUCCCUUUGCCUCUUUGGAAGAUGUUCUACCUGACUUUAAUCAGGGAGUACACUCAAUGCUUUCUAUCAGGGGACAAAGUAUUUUGUCAUGGAUUGAAGAUGAUAAUUUCAUUGUGGAUGAUAGAGCAACAAGUAGUCAUGAGGCACCAUUCCUCUCCUUGAAUCUGCAUACUCUUGCAGACCAACUUGCCAAAGUGGAUUUAUCACAGAGGCUGUUUAUUGAAGCUGAUCUGUUGCCAUCAGAGCUGCAAACGGAGGCAUUUGAAGCAAGCAGCAGUCGGGCAUCUGAACCGAUGCCAUCGACACAUGCAAGUGAAGCAGCUGCAAGAAUUUCUGAUGAUUCAGCUAUCAAUGAUUCUUCUAAGAAAGACCAGAUUGCUGAUCAAAAUAGUGAAAUAAUGCCAUUUGGCAACCUCAGCAGCAGUAGUCCAGUUCCUACUUUGUCUACUCAAUGGUCAAAGUCAGUUAAUCAGACGAAGGAUGAUUCGAGGCAAUUCAGUGAUUCUGAUCAAAGCAGAGGUUUGGAGUCCACAGAACAACCUAAGAACAGCUAUCUAGCAGAUCCCAAGAAGAAUCCACCUGUAUUUGAGCCAUCAGCUGCAGAAGCGGAGCUUGAUUUGCUGUUGAACUCAUUUGGGGAAACUAGUUUCCUGGAUUCCUCUAGCUCAAAGGAGAAGCCUAGCAACACACUUCCAGUUUCACAAGAAACUCCUGCCCCUCCACCACAAAUUGCAAGGGAAGGUCCCAACUUGUAUGGUACUGCAUCUGCUACUGCCAAUCUUGAUAAUGCCAUUGAUGACCUGCUUGAGGAAACUUGCAAUCUGAUGAAUCAGAAAGACGCAUUAUUGUCCCUGGACGCUUCUGCCCCUCUUGAUGGUGGUGCUCUUUCUCAUUCUAACCCCAAGUCUAAAGUAUUGGAUGAUUUUGACUCUUGGUUAGAUACAAUAGGAUGAUUGUAGACAUCAAACUGACCUUGAUUUGUCCUUUCCAUGUUCAUUAAUCAAAUUAUAGAAUAAAAUUCCUCUCAAUUUUGCCUCGUUUCA